CAUUGACAGAUCAAACUCAUUACAAUGGUCACAUUAACAGCAUUUCUCCUCCUUGAGGCUGCCUCUAUCGUCGCAGGCGCUCCCACACAAGUUUCCAACGAUUCCAGCACUUCGUUCCUAGCCAAUGCCAAAGCAGGUGUGACCACGCUGCAGACAUGGUACAACCAGUCCACCGGGCUAUGGGAUACGACCGGGUGGUGGAACAGCGCCAACUGUUUGACCGUGCUGGGCGAUCUCACGGCCUUAGACUCUUCCCUGCUCAAUUCAAGCGCCGCGAUCUUCAAUAACACGUUCCUGCGAGCCCCCAUAUCCAAUCUUGGUCAGUCGGUUUGGAAGUCCAAUGCAUCCAAACCCUUACCCCCUACCGGUGUCAUCGAAACCCAAGGGUUCAUCAACGAGUACUAUGACGACGAGGCCUGGUGGGCGCUUGGCUGGAUCCAGGCGUACGAUCUCACCCACGACCAGCGAUACCUCGACACGGCAGCUGAUAUCUUCGAGGACAUGACGACCGGAUGGAACGCGACUUGUGGAGGAGUCUGGUGGGAUAAGAGCCACACCCAGAACGGGGCGAUCGAGAACGAGCUCUUUCUGAGCGUGGCUGCUCACCUGGGACGACGGAUUCCCAGCAAUGCAUCGUACUAUCGCGACUGGGCGAUGAAGGAAUGGACCUGGUUUCAAAACAGUGGCAUGAUCAACGCAGAGAAUACCAUUAACAACGGACUGGAUCUGACGACGUGUCGCAAUGACAAUGGCACGGUCUGGAGUUACAACCAAGGCGUGAUCCUUGGGGGAUUGGUCGAGCUCUCAAAGCUGGUCGGCAAUACGUCAUACAUCUCGACAGCGCAGAAAAUUGCGGAUGCAGCGAUACAGGCACUGAGCGAUUCGGAUGGGGUGUUGAUAGAGUCCUGCGAGCCUGACUGCACCGGGGAUGCGCCCCAGUUCAAGGGGGUCUUUAUGCGAAACCUUCAGGCCUUGUAUCAGGCGAGCCCUGAAGAUGGAAUCAAGGAGUUCCUCGAGACGAAUGCGAACAGCAUCUGGCAGAAUGAUCAGGGGAAGGACUCUGAACUUGGAGAUUCCUGGUCAGGACCGCUCAGCAACGCGGAUGCGACAACGCAGAGUUCAGCCUGUGAUGCUUUGGUGGCAGCGGCAUCACUUUGAUAUCUGCUUCUUGUCAGUGACGGAUUGAUUUGGAAUGAUAUAGAACUCACAUAUGAUUGUUACGAGAUUAGACCGUGAAUAUGAUACCCAACUUUGAUGUGGG